UGUCUCCGGGAUGCUGAGCAGGCGGGCGGGGCCGUUAUUCCUUGCAGUGCCCUGAUGUAGCAGGACGACCAGAAGGGACACAGAAGGAGCAGAGGACGGUUCUCACGGUUCAGUUUGUGAUAUAUAUAUUUUUUAAUCUUCAGCAUUCUUCAGAUUAAAUAGGAUGCAUAUGCAGUCUUAACGACAAAAGCGUCGGAGCCUUCUCAAACGGACAUCUUGAUUUUCUCACAUCACUGUUUCCGAGAGCGGGACCGUAUUUUUCUGUCGUGUCAGCUUGGUAGGAAGUAGAGCUAUUUGUGAGUGUUUUUCUUUUUAGUGGAACUCUAAAUCCCACAGCAUGGCGUGGCCCUGCAUCAGCCGGGCGUGCUGCAUGGCCCGGUUCUGGAACCAGCUGGACAAGGCUGACAUUGCAGUGCCUUUGGUCUUCACCAAGUACACGGACGUGUCGGAAAUGCAGCACAUCCAGCUGCAGCCGUCGCUCCAUCCUCCCCAGGCCCGGGUCGCCAUAGAAACGCAGCCGUCGCGUGCGGAAACCCGCUUGGCGAAAGCGUCGCGCGGGCCGCGCAGGUGCGUCUCGGAGGAGCGCGUGUGCAGCUCGGUGAUGCGCGAGGACUUCAAACACUGGAAAGUGCGGCCCGAGCCCAGCUGUAAACCCAGGAGCGAGUACCACGAGCCGGAGACACCGUUUAACACCGAGACCCAGUACCAGAAGGACUUCAAGCCCUGGCCCAUCCCGAAGAGGUACGACCACCCCUGGAUACCCAAACCCCCACCGAGCGUCGGCGACCACCACCGACCCAAGCAUGUGAAAAAGCACGUAGCGCUGGAUGCGGAAUGCGGCGUGGAAAAAGGCGCCAUUGCCGACAAGGUGCAGGAAAAAGACCUGCUGCAGGGGCAGGAGAGGAAAAAGCGGUCCAAUAAGCAGGAGGGACCGAAAAAGGUGGUCCUGAAGGUGGAGGCAGAAGGCAGGGGGAGGGCGGCGGUGGAUGCCCUGAACCGACAGAUCAAGGAGGAGAUCUCAGCUGGCACCUCCUAUAAAACCGAGUUCAAGGCGUACAAAGACGUGAAGCCAGUAAAGAUGAUUCGGGCAAAGUCUCAGUACCUGCCUCCAGAUGAAAAGAGGAGCUUAGAGACCAGCUACAGCGCCAACUUUAAGGCACUAGCUCCACUGCAGCCCACUGACAACAAGGCCCAGGAGAGGAGGAGGAUACGCAGUUUGUACAGCGAGCCUUACAUCGACCCCAGCAAACAGGUUGACAGGUAUAGUGUCCUGCGCUCUAAACCUAAAAAGCCUGGAGCCGCAGCAGCAGGCCAGGGUAAACCGGUGAGGAAAGCCAAAGAUAAGCAGAGCGCCACGCUGAAGGGCUCCAGGAAGACGACCUCGGAGAACCAGUCCGAGAACCGGCCGGCGGUCGGGGACAAGGAGAAAAGUAAAGAGAUCAACAACAAACUGGCUGAGGCAAAAGAAUCGCUAUAGUAACGAGUGGGCGGAAGCAUCCUCUUUCCUGUCUCCGCCAUUUGAUGCCACCCACCUCCCCCCACUCCGCUCGCCUCCAUCUCCAGGUUGCCAUGGCUACUUGGCUGCCCGGCCAACCAAUGGAUGAGUUUUGUUGCAUGGGCCCAUUUACAAGCACGUCUGAAGGGUUGGCUUUGAUCAGCUGAGCAGAUUGCUUUGUAGAGUUUAUCAAGGAUUUAUCUCUUUUUUUUUCCUUUGUGUUUUUGAGGGAGGAGGGCUUGAAGAAAAAGUGACUCAUAUUGGCUCUUUUGAAAAAUCUUUACUUUUCUUUUUUGAAGAUGCAAACUGGAAAAUCUUUGAUAAAUGUCCAGCUUGGUUAUUCAUGAUGUGUGCGUGUGAUCCACAGCUUGUUCUGUACUCGCUCUGUUUGCCUUUCUAUCACUGUCUCUAAAAGUGUGUUUGGCAGUAUCACCAUCAAUGUGAACUCUGGCAAAAAAAAAAAAAUUGUCAUUUUCUGAUAGAAAAUGUCUUUAAUUCAUCUGCGGAUCCUGUUCUCCCAUUCAGCAUCUGUUCCUUUCAUGUAAGCCUCAUUCAUACCGCGGUACUUUGGGACACGCAGUUUGUUCUGAAAGCAACGGUUAGGUUACAUUAAACCGAUUAUGCAUUAAGGCCCAGUCUGUCAGAGAACAGAGGAGGAUUCCCUAUGAAUUACAUAAUGCUAUAUCGCAGACGUAACCCUUUUAGGCCACAGUACUAUCAUUUAGGGAGGGAGGCACUCAGAGGAGCUGGGAGCUGUUCAUUCCUGUGUGUCUGUCACACAACGCUCGCAGCUUUCAGCCUGACUACUCAUAACUCAGUGGAAUCACCUCCGACACUCCCUUUAUUAGCAAGGCUCCUCCGUCUGAGAGGCCAGUUAUGUGGCUGUGUUAAUGCAGAGACACACACCUCCCUAUAAGGCUUCUUUUAUUAUGCACUGAUGUUAUUUCACUGGCUUGGGAGGACAAGAAACAGAGUUAAUUGCAGGGUCUGUAAUUAAUUAACCGCGAUUAUUCCCAUUUUAAUCUAAACCUAAAUAUAGCAAGCAACAUUAUUAAUUAAAAAAUUUAAAAAUAUAUAUUUUCUGAAUAAAUAGAGGUCAACAACAAAGGUAUUUAUUGUUUUUAAUUUAUUGCUUGCGCGUCAGAUUUACUGGCAUGCCAGAAACGCAUGAAUACAAAGGUUCCUGGCAUAUGUAAAAUUUGAUUAUUGGCGUUAAAAGUAUGAAUGCAUUAAAAUUAAUAUCGUUAACUAACUAAAGUAACAGGUUAAAGUCCUGGUGCUAAUCAAAACUGCUAAUGUUAAAAUGUGCAUUAUUUAAAAAAAAAUUAUUCAGCAGCCUUGACAAUAUGUAGGAUUUAAAGUUAGCAUUAGAGAUGCUGGUGAGCGUAAUCAUUUAACAGUGACACUAAGUCCAAUCUACUUCUGUUUAAUUAGCACACUAUGCUAAAUGCUAGUAGGUCACAUAGACAACAACAGUGUUUGGUUUGGUAACUCUGUUACUGAGUAAAAAAAAAACUGGGCUGACUAUUUCCAGUUACACUGGUGUGUUAAAAAUGACAUUAGGGAAGAACUGAGAUGUAUCGAGUUUUGCAAAAGAAAGUAGUAAUUUUUAUGACAUGUCAUCUAGAGAUCAAGAGUUUCAGCAGAUAAGAGGAAGGCUUGUUGGAACUGUUUUAUCCUCCUGAGCUUCCAUCUUCUGUUUGUGAUGGAAAAUGCUGGAUUUGGAAAUGGCAGCCUUUCAGAAACCUUCAGAGACAACCAUCCACAUCCUGUAGAAUAUAAUGCAGCUUUAGCUAUGCUAGCCUCACUCUCUGUGGAGAUUGCUAAAGACAGAAUAAAUUGUAAAACCUACAAUCAUUUUGACUUUGUUUUUAGCUGAUAGUAAAACCGUGAUGUACAGGAACUGCUCUUUCACACCGCAGCGUUUCUCCUGGUGUAAAUAAUUAAUGACUGCCCACAGCUAGAGGGCUAGAAAAAUACUUUAAUAAUGGUAUUCUUUUAUUCUCUUAUAUUGUAUUUUUAAAAAGAAAAUCAGUCUCAGCACAUCAAAGAUCUAGAAAAACAGAAGGUUGAACAUUUAUGUAAGCCUAUUUCUGCCACAAAAGGAAAAAUAAAAACCCAUAAAUAUGGACAUAAUUUUUAUUUUCACUGAAAGUAGAAAUGACUUUCAAAGUCAGAAUUAACUUUCUAUCUCGUUAUUAGUUUAUAACUAAAACUUUCAAUCUCAUGAUUAUGACUUUGAAAGUAGAAAUUAUGACUUCCUAUGUAAUAAUUAGGACUUUUAUCCUUGAAAGUGACUUUAAAUGUAGUUAUGACUUCCUGUUGGACUUGUAUUUUUUCAUUCAUGGCAGAAAUAGGCUUCCAUAAACAUUUGUCCAAAGAACUGAUCGGUGUAAAACUUUAUUGGUGUUAGGAUAUGUGUUGCAGCCUGACACUCAAAUUAGCAAAGUAAUUUCUUUAUUUUAACAUAGUUAUCAUUUCUAUUUUUAUUUCUUAUUCGUGGUACAAUCACAAAUUAUGUCUUCUUGCAAUUUAGUUACCAGAUGAUAAAAUAAAUUAUAAAUGUCUUGAUAUCAGAUGGAUGCUUCUAAGGUCAGACUGUAAAAAAAAGUCAAACAAUCCCGGACGUCUUUGUCAGGAUACAACACUGCAUCCCGUUCUUGGGUCCAUCAGAGCUGUAGAGCCUCGUUCUCUGUGCCGCGCUGCCACCGUUUUGUCUGCAGCUCAACAUCGCCUUCAUUCAGAAUGACUGAAAGCUGUGACUCCUCGCUCCGUCUCCUCAGCAACCAUCACCACCGCACACAUUCAAGCUGAACACCAACCCCAUCUGGGACAUGGGCCCGACUCAUUAGCAUUUUGCAGCCUUUGAUUGGUGUUUGGGGAGGGUUGAUGGGUGGGGAUACAGGAGGGGGCACCUUGUCUUGUAAAUGUAAAUUAUUACACCACACACUCGGUGCUAUCUAUAUGUAUUUAUUAGACAAAAAUAAGGAUAGAAAGUAUGCUAAAGAAAGCUAUGUCUUGGACAAAAAAAAAAACUGUGACGUGCUUGUGUUUUAUCUGCUUGGUCUUAUUUAAUGAAACAUUCUAAAUAAAUGCAAAAAAACAAAAGGCAGAAAAAGCAGUGUGUUCUUUGCUUCUUUUUGUUAAGAGGAAUGGUUAAAGGUUAGUUGGUUGCAGGUGUCUAUCAGCGUGUCCCAGUCUUUGUCUGUGUGACAGGCUACAUUGUAUCAGGUCUAUCCACAUGGAAGAGAAUGUAGCUCUCACAUCCCCCCACCUUUAACCCCGCCACUACGCUUAGCUAAGAGCCGCGCCGCAUUCUGGCAUGAGCCGAAGCUUCUUCUUUUCCGACACGCGCAUGUUUCUCUGAUGUGGGGACUGAAGAAUAUAUUAUUCUUGCAUCACUCUCCAAUAUAUUCCAAGAACCCAUCGGGUUUAUGGAGCAACAUGCGCGUGAAAAAAGAAGACGCUCAUUCCAGAAUAAACAUGUCAUGUGCUUCAAACAACCCAAAACACAGAUGUGUGACAGACUUACCUCUCUCCUAUAUGUCAUUUUUAACUAUCAUUAUUAGAUGAUGCUGUGUCCAGUUUGUUCUGUGCUAAUGAGUGACAUUCUGAUUCAUUUGAAGGGUUGUGCUAAAACAGUACCACUACAUACAACUCUGCCAGCCAAUCCGAGAUAUUGGCUGGGUGCAGACCCUAAAGCAACACCUGUGGGGCUGUGCACUACCCGAUCCCAGGUAAACCCAACGCCAGAAGCAAAAGAAAGCCAAACGCAGCCAGAAAACGCCUCUCAUUCUCAUUCAUACCUGCUCAUGGAGUCGUGAUCUGCUUUUGUUUUUCGAUUACAGUGGCACAGUUUUCUGAUUUCUUUUUUUUUCUUUUUCUUCUCUAUUAUCAUUAUUGCUAUUCAGACCAAAUCACCACAUUGUCUUUGCUUGACUCCCCUCCGUGUUUCUCUUCCAUAUGGACACUAGAGUGGGAGGGGAGGGUGAGAUGGAGGCCGUGUCUCACAUCCCUCCCGCGGCUUCCCUUAAGGAGGCCUGAGGUGUAGUCCAGCCAUCUCUUACCAUUCCUGAUCCAGCUGCUGUAAUGCAUCCGGCCUACAUGGUUUCUGGAAACUGCAUGAUUGAAUCAGUUUCAUUUUAAAAAGCAGUCCUCUCAUAUAGUGCCUUGCGAAAGUAAUUCUAUCCCCACAACCUGCAAACUUCAGCAUAUUUUACUGGGAUUCUUUGCGAUAAAUCAAAAUUGAGUGGCACAUGGCUGUGAAGUGGGAAAUGCGACAUGGUUUUCAACUUAUUUGACGUACAAUCUGAAAAGUGUGGUGUGCUUUUUUUUUAUAUGUUGCCCCCUAUAGAAGACCCAAUGGUACCAAGUGACUUCAGAAAUCACCAAAUGAGUAAAGUGGAUAAUUUAAAGUCAGUCAAAGUGCAGAUGUUCCCUUAAUUAGCUAUUAACUAUGUAAAAGUAACUUCAGCAGAUAAACACUGAAUUUACAGUAGACGUAUUUAAUAUCUUUAAAUCAGACAUUCCUCAGAGAACAUUAGAGACCAAACAACAGCAACAACCCCGACAUACACCACGAGUUACAAUAGGCUGACGUCCAAACGUUUUGUCACGUGAGCUAAAAUCAUUAGCUUAAAACAAGCUGACUUUGGACUCAGUUGAACAAAUAUUUUGCCUGUUCUCAGUAACAAAAACAAGAUUUAGGCCAGUCUUUAUUUGAAAACACUUACUGUAUUUAGCCAAGUUUUAGUAUAGAACUAAGAAGCAGAUUUGGGUGCAGAGAGGUGUACUGUUAAGACUCAGGUCAAUUAGUGGUUAUCAUGACAACAGAAGGAAAGCAGAAAGGUUGGGAAAGCAGUGUUCGUCUAAAAGUUUUCUACGUAGAUUUUAACUUAAAAACCAAAGUUUUGGCUAUUUUACUUCUUAAGCACCCUUGAUUUAAAGCACAUUCACGAUUUAAACUGACCUAGUCAAAGUCCAAAGCUACAUUUUUUUUGUUAUUUGUAAUUUGGCAAUCGCAAAUGCUCUCUAUCGAAUCUAACUGAACUUGAGCUCCUUCAUUGAAAACGAGCACUAGAAUAAAACUCUGUGUAAACCGUGCAUCAUUUUCCAUCCGCUUCACGCACAACUUCAGUUUUGGUGUCGCACAUAGAACCCCGAUAAAAAAAUGUUUUUUAAAAAGAGCCAUGAAGUUUGUGAAGUUUGAAACAUGACAUAGUGUCGAACAGCCAAUGGGGGUGUCAACACGUUUGCAAGGUAAUGCAUGAGACGGGUCUCUCAUGUGCUCCGCUCACAUGAACGAACUCUCUCCCGUUUAACCAAAAAGUUAAAGUUUCAUUUUUCUUCUGCACUUUACCCUUGUUUGCAUUCGAAUGUGUUUUCUGACGCAUGCCACCACUGUUUUCUGUUGGACCUGCAAUCUGAGUUUCACUUCCACGUAGUGGCCUAGGCCUUGCCCUCUGUCUUGAACAAGUGCUGAGCAUGGAAAUAAGAUGGAGGGUGAGUGUGAAUGGAAUGAGGGAAGCAACGCCUCCUCGGAAAGACACAUUUCAGAGGAAAUUGUAAGUGCAUGCUAACGAUCUAAUCGUUCCUUCUGAUUUGUUUUAAGUGAGAUUUUCUUUUUCUUUUGUUCCAUUGUUGCACUGCAUUUUUUUAGCGACCGUGAGACCCUCAUUCCUCAAACGACAGCUUGGAAAGCGAUUGGAUGAAAUCUGAGUACCUGACAGUUUUUAAAGGAAUUAAUUGAGAUGUUUGUUUGGCUUUGAAUUUUUAUUAUUUUUUUAAAACCCAUCGUUAGCUUUAUUUCUCUUUCUGAGGGCCCCAGUAAUGAGCGGUCUCAGGGUGCUUAGCUCAACACGACGACUUUGUGUUUUUGUCUAAGGUAAAUCCCUUAUCCUCUGUCUCUUUUUGUCUCUGUCUCUGGUAUCUAAAAAAAAUGUGCUGCCUCCUAGAGAUUCUAAAGACGAGGUUCUCCGACCCAGUCAUCAUCAUUCCCAGGGUGCUGCUGGAGGAGGAACACAGCCACUGCUGGAGGGAGGCGAGUCUCGGCGGAGCAGCGGCGUCGUUCGCUUUGCCCUAGACGUGACCCAGACCGAGUAGUUUGGCUCACGCGGACAGAGGCGGAUUGGACCGUCGCCCUGCUGUGUAUAUACCUAGAGUUUGAUGUUGGAUAGUUUCAGGAGGCAAAAAUACAAGAGUCACAAAAGAAAAAAGAAAAACUCUCAACCCUCCAGGAGGAUAAGCAGCUCGUUGGAAAAGCGUUGUCGCAUGUUCGACCGCAGCCUCCGGAUCCGACGUCCUCGCCCUUUUGACCCCGUGGCAUUACGACACAAGGUGCUACAUCAUUCUCUGGUCUCAUCCAUCCUGUCUGAAGAGCACACGUCAGCAUUGUUAGUAGUCACGUCACACCAAGAAGUGCUUAAUAACCCCACGAAAACUGUACCACACAUCGAUCACUUUUAGUCGGAAUAAAUAAGUAAACUUA